UUCAACUCAACCAUGUCGAGUGGGAGCUAUUCGCCCUUCGCAAGCAGCAGCUAUGCGACGGCGGCUGGCUGGCGGAGAAACAAACUAGCGACGGCACGCUCGAGGAAGAGGAUUGCAACGUAGCGGCGGCGCGGAGGAGGCUUGCUGCGUGUGGCCUACCGGGACGCAUCGGCCUCGAGAUCGCAAGAUGAGGCUGGUCGGCUUCACGGGUGGAAUUGCUUCGGGGAAGAGCACCGUGUCUGGCCUCUUCAAAUCCGCCGGCGUCCCUGUCGUCGACGCGGACGUUGUGGCUCGGAAUGUAGUGCAGAAAGGUACUGGAGGUUGGAAGAAAAUUGUGAAAACUUUUGGAAAUGAUAUAUUAUUGGAAAAUGGAGAAAUUGACAGAGCUCUCUUAGGUCAGAUUGUUUUCUCUGAUCCAGAAAAAAGGGAACUUCUAAACCGUCUUCUGGCCUCACAUAUGUCAUGUGGUAUAUUUUGGGAGAUACUGAAAUUGUGGGUGAAGGGAUGCACAGUUAUCACUGUCGACAUCCUGUUGUUGUUUGAGACAAAGAUGGACCGAUGGACGAACCCAGUGGUUGUUGUAUGGGUGGAUCCCAAAACACAUAUUGAGAGGCUCAUGUUAAAAGAUGGGUGCAGCGAGGAACAAGCUCAGAGCAGGAUCAGCGCGCAGCUUGCACUGGACUGGAAGAAGUCCGAACCAGAUAUAGUGAUCAACAAUUCUGGCUCAGUGGAGGACACGAAAGAACAGUUCAGAGAAGUGUUGAAGCAAGUCUCUGCUCCCUUGACAUGGAAGGAGCGCAUGAGAUCCAGGGAUGGAUUUCUGUCUAUCGUCAUAUGCACGGCAGCGGGGGUUUUACUUGCCCGGAUCUGCGUCAUUAGGAAUUUAGGAUUGGACUAGGUUGGUUUUCUUGAAAAUUUCGGAGUGUCGUUGCAGCGCACUAGACCAUCAAGAUUAUGGUUUUGUGUCGCGUCAUGUUUUGGAAAUACCACAAGUGCUGAAGUUUGAGUGAAUUUUGUUUUUUGUAACCGCAAUUGCUUGUCAUUACAGAGCACUGCUUGCUUGUGUUGUCUCUGCUGUGAACCUUGAUUCACAACGGAAUAUUGGUA